GCACUUGAAAAUAAAGAUUCUUAAUAAGUUGCUUUUGAUUCGACAUAACCCCUAUAAAACACACCCUCGGUUUCAACACAUAUCAGUUUAUCACCAUUUCUCCGAAUUAAAAUCAAUAUCCACAUUUGAUUACUACACACACAGGCAGAGAAACCAAACAUGGAAUAUUCCGGCGAUGAAUUUGAUGCAAUAGUGAUCGGUGGGGGUACCAUGGGCAGUGCCACUGCCUAUGAGCUAGCCAAACGAGGCCAAAAAACACUUGUGCUGGAACAAUAUGAUUUCUUGCACCACCGCGGCUCAUCUCAUGGCGAGUCACGCACCAUCCGGGCCACCUAUCCGGAGGAUUAUUACUGCGCCAUGGCCAUAGAGUCCUACAAGCUUUGGGAGGAAGCAGAGUCCGAGAUGGGCUUCAAAGUCUAUUACAAAGCUCGGCAGUUCGAUAUGGGUCCUUCUGAUGACAAGACUCUUCUUUCCAUCAUCUCUAGCUGCAACAAAAAUUCAGUUUCUUGUCAAAUUCUUGACAGUCAACAGGUGGCUGAGAAAUUCUCCGGCAGGAUAAACAUACCGGAGAAUUGGAUCGGUGUAUCGACCGAGUUCGGUGGAAUAAUAAAACCCACAAAAGCAGUGGCCAUGUUUCAAUCACUUGCAAUAAGAAACGGAGCAGUUUUAAGAGACAACAUGGAAGUGAUUAGCCUGGUCCGGGAUGAAGCAAAAGGCGGAUUAAGGCUGUUAACUGCAAAUGGUGAAAAGUUUUGGGGUAAAAAAUGUAUUAUUACAGCUGGGGCAUGGGCUAAAAAGUUAGUCAAAACAGUGAGUGGGAUUGAAUUACCUAUACAGCCGUUAGAAACUGCGGUGUGCUACUGGAGGAUCAAGGAAGGACACGAAGCAGAGUUUAGUAUAAGUGGAGAAUUUCCAACAUUUAGUAGCUAUGGUCAGCCUUGUGUGUACGGUACACCAUCUUUGGAGUUCCCGGGAUUGAUCAAGAUCGCUGUGCACGACGGACGUGAGUGUGACCCGGAUAAAAGGGUGUGGGGAGCAGUUUCUUCAUUGGAUUCUUUGAAGAAAUGGAUUCAAGAGACAUUUUCGGGACUUGUUGAUAAUAGUGAGCCGGUUGCCACUCAGUUGUGUAUGUAUUCAAUGACUCCGGACGAAGAUUAUGUGAUAGAUUUCCUUAACGGAGAGUUUGAGAAAGAUGUGGUGAUUGGAGGUGGAUUUUCCGGUCAUGGGUUCAAGAUGACUCCAAUUGUCGGUAGGAUUUUGGCGGAUCUAGCACUUCAUGGGGAGACAAAGGCAGUGGAUGUGAAACAUUUUAGCAUACAAAGAUUUAAAGACAAUCCUCGCGGAAAUCUGGAAAACCAUGAAGUCGGAUCUUCUUCCAAUCAUAAGUAGAUGAGCUAUGUGAUCCCACUUCCUGUGUAUUUCCAAUCAUAAGUAGAUGAACUAUGUUAUGCCACUUUCAUGUAGAGCAAGAAAAACUGCUGCUCAUAAUUUCAUCAGAUGCCAAUCUUUAACCA